ACUUUAGAAACAAGCCUGCAGGCGGACCUCAUGCACAGACUUAUAUGGGACACGUGGGCACCCACGGGCACAUGUGCCCUUCCAGGAUAAAUGCAAGCCCGCAGGCAGACCUCAUGCACAGUGCUUGUGCCCUUCCAGGGCAGGCACAAGCACGCGGGUGCAGAGAUGUGUGCACGGAGAGUGAGGUUCCCACUGUGCAGUCACACCCAUGCACCCCCCACCCCAUGACCCUGUUCUCUCUCCCUUCCCCCAGCUGCAGUUCAACAAGGAUGUGCCUUCGCUCCCUGCCAACCUGGCCAUCCGCUACUCGGGGCCCCGGCCCAUCGUCAUAGAAGCUGAGGGCCCCCGGCAGAGCCAGCACCCCAGGCUCCCGGAGGGGCCCGGCCGCCAGCCUUGGGUCCCCUUUUCAGUUGUGUCCGAAGAGAAGCUUAACCUGGCCAUCCACUUGGCAAAAAGAGACGUCAAGAAGAAACAGCUGCAAGAGGUUCUGGGCCGUGUCCCCCAUGUCCCCCAGCCCCGGAGGCUCCCCAAGUCCAGCCCAAGCAGAAGUGAGCUGACCAAGCAGUUUCGGGGCCUCCCGGCUGGGCAGCACCCCUCCCAACUGGAGACAGCCGGCCCCAGGGCCAAAGUCUACCUCUCACGGGGCCCUCUGUCCCACUCCCCCCCCACAAAGGACCCAGGCCCUCAGCCUCGUGGGCAGCCGCAGGCGGCGCCAUCGCAGAGCCUGCUGGAGCUCCGGCGGCUGCAGAGGGAGCUGAGCGCUUGUCUGCAGAGGAUUGACAGCCUGGGCGCCAACGACAGACCGGAACAAGGCCUGGAUCCGGAGGAGGCCGAGCGAAGCCGCGUGCGGAGGCAGGAGCGGGCCGUGCGCACCGGGCGCACGCUCUACGCGCUGCAGCAACAGGUAAAGGAGAUCCAGGAGGAGCUGGACAAGUUGAGUCCACACAGAAUUAGGCACACCAGGAAGUCCAGGGCAAUGUCCCGCCUGGGAGCCGCGCAGCGAGGGGCCAUCCGGGCGCUGCAGAUGUUUGUCAGUCAGUUCGCGGACUCGAGGGAGCAGGCAGUGUCUGAGCGCUACAGGGAGCUGGGUGGCCUGAUCCGGCAGCUCUCCCUUUGCUCCGCCAGACUGGACGCCGACCCCGCGGUCCCUGACGUGGUCGUGGACCUCCUGCAGCAGAUUGAGGAGCUCGAGACCCUCCUGGAAAGGAAACAGCCCCUGGGAAAGCUGAAGAAGAGCUUCCCGGGAGCCCGCAGCCAGUCCCCACCGGCUUUCCCAGUGGCUUUGGAGAGGUCAUUCAGUGCGUCGCCCGUGAGAGAAAGGAAGCCCUCCGUGGCAAAGGAGAAGCUUCCCCAGUCCGGCAGGCGGCCGGUAGUGAGGAAACUCCUGGGAGAUGAACCCCCAUUUCUGGCAGUGAACCCACUAUGCCCAGUGUCGGGGGGGCCGGGGGGCCGGCCCCGAGAGGAGUUCUCCUCCUGGGACCAGAAGGCCGCUUUCCAAGGAGGACCGGCCCCCACCAAAGCAAAGGCUGUGAAAAAGCGGCCGCUGACGGCUCCCGCGUCCCUGCAAAGGCGAGGCCUCGAGACAGCCGGGAAACCCCCUCAGGUACGUGCUGCUCCCAGGGUCCCAGGGUUUUUAAAGGGCCUCCUCCUGCUAGCUCCCCCAAGACCGGCCUCGACUGUGUGGGGCUCGCUAGGAGCCACGUGCGGCGCUGGGGGCUUGAGGCUGGGAGCCGACAGGGCUGAGGCCCCUCAGGGGUGGGGGGCCCGCGGUUCUAAGGCCGGCCGGACCUGAGCCUCUCCCUGGCCGCCAGAGUGGAAGAGCCAGGGAGGCCAGCAGCCAAACUCCCCUUUGUCCAGCCCGAGGCUUUUUCCCCUCAGUGCGAAUUUAUUGUUUUCUCAGAUAACUUUUCUCUUUCCCCCCCUCUCCCUCCUCCCCUCCCCCAAAAGGAAAAGGAGUCACUGUGUAGUCAUGUUGCGCGGCCAGUCCCCCUUCCCCGGGUGUGAGAGGCAGGGAGGGGCCGCCUGCUUGCCGUGGGGGUGGUCCCUGCCUGGGGUUGUCAGAAGGGGAUCAGAUGGGCUCGUGGGGGUUGGGCCAAGAAACCCCCCAGACGGAGUGCCCGAUGCCCCCAGAGCAGAGGGGGAGCCUGGCUGCAGAAUUUGGCCUGAGGGCCGAAGCCCUUCUGCUUCUCAGAAUAGGGGUCACCCGGUGAUUUGUCCUCCAGUUUGGGUGGGGCCGGGCUGGCCCGUCGCUGUUGGAGACUGGCUUGGGAAGACCCUGAGAGGCAUCCCCUUGGGCCCCCCUACCUGGCCCGCCGCGGCCCCCCAGGCCUCCCCACCUGGCCCCCCGGGUCCCCCGACCUGGUCCACCGUGGCCCCCCAGGCCUUCGAGCCUGACCCCCCCAAGCCCUCUGAGCCCGGUCUCCCUGGGGAAGCGCAGGUCCUGAGACAAGGGCUCUCUUCGCUUCCUUAGGGCUUGCGGCCGCUCCAACUUACCCGUUCCUUGUUGGGUCAGUUUUGUUGGGUUUGUUUGUCCAAACGAGGGCUCGUUUUCACCUCCCUUCUCUUUAUUCCUUGGCUGAUCGUGACCCGUCCCCCUGGAACCAGCCACGGGCGGCCUCCGGAGCCGGGCGUCCCUGACGCGGUGGCCGUUCUGUGCACCGGGCGCCCCCGUCCUUUUUCUCAGACGACUCCCACUGCUUUGUGUAGAGCGGCCCAGGCUUUGUCCUAGAAAAGCUCCCUCGGGGCCGAGCAGGGAGGGCCGAGGGGCCGGGGUGACGCACGUCCUCCAGGGCUGAGGUCAAGGGCAAGGAGAAAAGCUACGGGCGCCGCUCCCGCUGAUUCGGGGGGGUAGCGAGUUCCCCGUUGGACACCUAGGACAGGAUGGCUGGGGCUCCGGGGGUCAGGAGAGUCUAGAGCCAGCCGCCCCUGAGCUGCAGUCUUGGGGCCCACUGGGGUCAGCAGAGCCAUCCUGGCUAAAAAUCCCAGGCAGGAGCCUGUGGUGACGGAGCGAUCGCCAGGGGCUGCGCCAGGGAGGAGACCCUGCGCCGCCAGGAAGGGCUGCCCCCCCCCCCAAUCGCUCCAUGCUCGCCCUUGUGUCCAGGCUGUGAGUCACAAGGCCCCCUCGCCCCCCUCCCUGCUGCCUGCCCAGCC